UUGAACGCUCACGGCAUCAAUCCCGCUAUAAAGCUCCUAUCCUCGGCCCGAGACUGUGCUCUGGCUCCAGAAGGUCUCCACCCGAGAGGAUGGCGGUUGAAGAUGCCGUAAGAUGCAGAAUAGUGUGCAUCUUCUAUUCUGGGACGCAUCAGGGAGGGGACGCGUGAUGUGUUCAGCGUUUAGAGGUUCUUUCGUCGUCACGCGACUGUCGGGUUCUGGCUCUUCUGCAUGUUCCGGAUGCCAUGAAGCCCGCGCGGUGGCUCUUUGCGCGCUUCUGUGGUGAGUGUAACACGGCCAGCCAUGGCUCCUGGUCUGCUCGACUUCUGCGAUAUUCGAUGCAAGUUUCCCAUCGCUUCUGAUCGGCUCGGACACUGUUAGCUGGUUCCUUUACGCGCGUCACUCGGUUCGGUUCGGUUCUGUGCGCAAUGCGCGAGUAUAAGGUGGUGGUGCUCGGCAGCGGAGGGGUCGGCAAAUCUGCGCUCACGGUCCAGUUCGUGACCGGGACCUUCAUCGAGAAGUACGACCCGACCAUCGAAGACUUCUACCGGAAGGAGAUCGAGGUGGACUCGUCGCCGUCGGUGCUGGAGAUCCUGGACACGGCCGGUACCGAGCAGUUCGCGUCCAUGCGGGACCUGUACAUCAAGAACGGCCAGGGCUUCAUCCUGGUCUACAGCCUCGUCAACCAGCAGAGCUUCCAGGACAUCAAGCCCAUGAGAGACCAGAUCAUCCGGGUCAAGAGGUAUGAGCGAGUGCCCGUGAUUCUCGUGGGAAACAAAGUGGACCUGGACAACGAGCGCGAGGUUUCGUCGAGCGAGGGUCAGGCUCUGGCGGAGGAAUGGGGCUGUCCGUUCAUGGAGACAUCAGCCAAGAGCAAAACCAUGGUGGACGAGCUGUUCUCAGAGAUCGUGAGGCAGAUGGACUACGCCUCGCAGCCGGAUAAAGAAGACCCGUGCUGUUCCUCCUGCAAUAUACAAUAACCCUCGCAAUCAGGAGCCACGUGGAGAUCAUCGAAAACUGGUGCAUCUACACACUCGAGAACGCUGCCGAUCUGUUGAUUUACAUGGAAACGGUGCGACGCAAAGACGAAAGUGAUGUUGUGGCGUCCAAACAAAAGUUGCGAAAUGCAACUUUAAGCAGUGAUACAUUGAUUUCAACAGGAAUGGGGCGUUGCGUUGACGUAGAUGAACAAAAACGUGGGCUAUUGGUGGGGUGUUCGAACAAACGUUUAGAUAAAUUUAACGUUUAGGCAAAGAUUCAGAUCUUUUGAUGGUGCAUUGCAAAAAAAUAACAUACGCAAAUCCGUGCAAACAAAAGUCGAGAAUUGUGACUUUUGGGAAAUGCUGCAAUCCAUUGAUUUUAAUUGGAAUGAUGCUUUGCGAAGACGUAGAUGAAACACAUUAGGGUUUGGAAAUACAUUAGCCUAUUUUGAUUUCAAUGGAAAUGUGCAUUGCACACACACACAAAAAC